AAAAGAUCAAAAUUGCCAAAAAAUAAUAUAAAUCAGGAGUAAGAAAAGAGAGGAACGAAAACAGUUUUACUAAGCAGAGAAAAAGUUGCCUCUUCUUCUUCUUCUUCUUCUUCUUCUUCUUUUUCUUUCUUUCCGAUUUUCUCUCCAAAUUUCUGCUUUUCUCUCAAAUUUUCUCACUCACCAUUGUUACUGUAAAACCCCAAGUGUUAUAUAUCUUUCAUUUCUUCUUUUUCACUUCCUCGACAUUUUUUCUUCUCUAAUUUCAUUCUUUAUUUCUUUCAUCGUUUCCUGAGUUUUACUUUCAGAAUCACCGGAAAUUUAUAUAGAAAUCGAGGACAUUUGUGCGUAUUUUUUGAGAUCGAUCUCGAUCGGGGAAAUCAAAAUUUCGGUGCAUCUGAUAUUUCUCCAUUAACGUGGUUGCUGAUUGGCGGGUUUUCUCCUUUUGGGUUUUCUAAUUUUAAAAGAACACACUUCCUUCUCUUACAGGAAAAUGUCCCAGAAGGUUACUCCAUCCAUUCUAUCACUCAAAUCGAUGCCGGCAGAUUACAGAUUUCUUGGUUCUGAUCCCAUUGAGAAUCCCUCUGGCUCAAAUGUUUGUGUGACCGAUCUGAUUAUUCCACAAAAUGGUCACUUAAAGAAUGGAAUCAACGGGGUUGAAAAUCUUGUUGUGGGAGUGGAUAGUGCUAAUGAGGAUUCACCGUAUAGCGUAAGAAGCAUUUCAAAUGGAGAACGGCCUUCAAUAGGUGAUGGAGAUCCUAUUGUGCCCUUGCCACAGAGUCAUGAUCGCAAGUGGAGCGACACAAGCGCGUAUGCUCGCAAAAAGGUACUGCAAUUUUGGGUCCAACUUCCAAAUGGUAACUGGGAGCUAGGGAAGGUUUUGUCAACUUCAGGAGAAGAGUCUGUUAUUAAACUGCCUGAGGGAAAAGUUAUCAAAGUUAUGUCCGAGACUCUAGUACCUGCGAAUCCUGAUAUUCUUGAUGGAGUAGACGAUCUUAUGCAAUUGAGUUACUUAAAUGAGCCAGCUGUGUUGUACAACCUUGAGUAUAGGUACAACCAGGACAUGAUAUAUACAAAAGCAGGGCCCGUUCUGGUGGCUGUGAAUCCCUUCAAGGAGGUUCCUUUAUACGGAAAUCGAAACAUUGAAGCAUACAGGAAAAGAUCAAACGAGAGCCCUCACGUAUAUGCUAUUACAGAUACAGCAAUUCGUGAAAUGAUACGAGAUGAAGUUAACCAAUCUAUCAUUAUCAGUGGAGAAAGUGGAGCAGGGAAAACUGAGACAGCAAAGAUAGCAAUGCAAUACUUGGCUGCUCUUGGAGGUGGAAGUGGGAUCGAGUAUGAGAUACUGAAGACUAAUCCCAUCUUGGAAGCAUUUGGAAAUGCAAAAACAUUGAGAAACGAUAACUCUAGUCGCUUUGGGAAGCUGAUAGAGAUUCAUUUUAGUGACACAGGAAAGAUUUCCGGUGCUAAAAUCCAAACAUUUUUACUAGAGAAGUCUAGAGUGGUUCAAUGUGCGGAUGGAGAAAGGUCAUAUCAUAUAUUUUAUCAGCUUUGUGCUGGGGCUUCACCUACGCUUAGAGAGAAGCUAAAUUUGACAAGCGCAAAAGAGUAUAAAUACUUGAGACAGAGCAAUUGCUAUUCAAUCAACGGAGUUGAUGACGCAGAGCGUUUUCACGCUGUUAAGGAAGCUUUAGAUAUUGUGCACGUUAGUAAAGACGACCAAGAAAGUGUAUUUGCAAUGCUUGCAGCAGUAUUAUGGCUGGGGAAUGUUUCUUUCACCAUUAUUGACAAUGAAAAUCACGUUGAACCUGACCCAGAUGAAAGUUUGUCAACUGUUGCUAAAUUGAUUGGGUGCAACAUCAAUGAGCUUAAGCUAGCUCUAUCAAAGCGUAAUAUGAGAGUUGGAAAUGAUACAAUUGUACAGAAGCUAACACUAACGCAGGCCAUUGACGCAAGAGAUGCUUUAGCAAAGUCAAUCUACGCCUGCCUAUUUGACUGGCUGGUUGAGCAGAUAAACAAGUCUCUUGCCGUGGGAAAGAGAAGAACUGGCAGAUCCAUCAGCAUUCUUGAUAUAUAUGGCUUUGAAUCAUUCAAUAAGAAUAGUUUUGAGCAGUUCUGUAUAAAUUAUGCAAAUGAGAGAUUGCAGCAACACUUUAAUCGUCAUCUGUUCAAGCUCGAGCAGGAGGAAUAUAUUCAGGAUGGCAUUGACUGGACAAGGGUUGAUUUUGAGGACAACCAAAAUUGUCUCAGUCUCUUUGAAAAGGCUCUAAGACAAGUAAGUAUCACUCUCGUGCAGAAACCAUUAGGUCUGCUCUCACUUCUGGAUGAGGAAUCCACAUUUCCGAAUGGCACAGAUUUGACACUUGCCAACAAACUUAAGGAACAUCUGAAUGGUAAUACCUGUUUUAGAGGUGAUCGAGGGAAGGCUUUCACGGUUGCCCACUAUGCUGGAGAGGUUACAUAUGAGACGACUGGAUUUUUAGAGAAGAACCGGGAUUUGCUGCAUUCGGAUUCUAUUCAACUUCUGUCGUCUUGCUCUUGCCACCUUCCCCAAGCGUUUGCUUCUAGUAUGCUCAUUCACUCGGACAAACCUGUUGUUGGUCCUUUAUACAAAGCAGGUGGAGCUGAUUCCCAGCGACUGAGUGUAGCAACUAAAUUUAAGGAGGAAACAUCUCAUCAUCUUAUAAUUUCUGAUGCCUGGAUAUUUAUGUCAGGGUCAACUUUUCCAAUUGAUGCAACGUCUAGGGAACACUACCCCACAUUUCAUUCGCUGCAUAAAGCCAAACAAUGUUCAGUCUCCCGGGUUGUACGAGCAAGGGCUUGUCUUACAGCAGCUGAGAUGCUGUGGUGUCCUCGAGGUGGUUCGAAUUUCCCGGUCUGGAUUUCCUACGAGAAUGUCUCAUCAGAAAUUUGCCCGAAGGUGAAAACUCCACCAGUUUUCAGUAAUGUCUCAUCUUCUUUCGUUGCAAUAAUGUUGAAUGGAUCGUUUAUGUUGUUUUUCCUGUCACAUUUUAGGUAUGGUUUCCUUCUGCUGGAGAGCAUUGCAGCAAAAGAUCCUUUAAGUGUUUCGGUUGCAAUUCUUCAACAAUUCAAUAUCUUGCCAGAGAUGUAUCAAGUCGGCUACACAAAACUGUUUUUCAGAACUGGCCAGAUUGGGGUUCUUGAAGAUACGAGAAAUCGCACUCUUCAUGGCAUUUUACGUCUUCAAAGCUAUUUUAGAGGGCACCAAGCACGCUGUCGUCUAAAAGAGCUUAAAAGAGGAAUCACUGUUCUUCAAUCAUUUGUUCGUGGAGAAAAGGUAAGAAAGGAAUACGCAGAUUUACUACGGAGGCAUAGAGCUUCUGCUGCUAUACAAAGCCAUGUUAAGAGAAAGAUUGCUAAGAGACAGUAUAAAGACACGGUUGAUGCAUCUGUUGUAAUACAAUCAGCAAUUCGUGGCGAGCUGGUUAGAAGAUGCGCUGGGGAUAUUGGUUGGCUAAAAUCUGGAGGCACCAAGAGAAAUGAGUCAGACGAGGUGCUAGUGAAGGCAUCAGUACUUUCCGAACUUCAGCGCAGGGUUCUGAAAAGCGAAGCUGCUCUUCGUGAGAAAGAAGAGGAGAACGAUAUUCUCCGACAAAGACUCCAGCAGUACGAUAACCGGUGGUCUGAGUAUGAAACGAAGAUGAAAUCCAUGGAAGAAAUUUGGCAAAAGCAGAUGAGAUCUUUGCAAUCCAGUCUCUCCAUCGCAAAGAAAAGCCUAGAGGUCGAGGACUCAGCGAGGAACUCGGAUGCAUCCGUGAACGCUAGCGAUGCAACGGAUUUAUCAGGAAGUGGUGACUACAGGACCCAUGGCAGGACAAGAAGUGUAGGUGUGGGUUUAAGCGUGAUAAGCCGGUUAGCAGAAGAAUUCGGACAAAGAGCUCAGGUGUUUGGUGAUGACACGAAGUUCUUGAUGGAAGUGAAAUCGGGUCAGGUGGAAGCAAACUUGAAUCCGGACAGGGAGCUAAGAAGGCUGAAACAGAUGUUUGAGACAUGGAAGAAGGAUUAUGGAGGGAGACUAAGGGAAACGAAACUGAUACUAAGCAAACUUGGGAAUGAAGAAACAGGUGGUUCAGUGGAGAAGGCGAAGCUCAAGUGGUGGGGGAGGUUGAAGAGUACCAGGUAUUAAUAAUGGUCUCUUGAGACGCACGUCUCUUUUUUUCUUCUUCUUUGUAACACGUUUCAUGUUAUCUGAGGUUUUGGGUUUGAUUCUGAGAAGUUAGAAGGCUCAAUGGGACGAAAAGAGUUUUGUUUCUCAUUUCCAUCCAAAUCUACUGGAAAAUUCAGUAAAUAUUUUUUUAUUAUUAUAUCUAUUUGUCAAAGCUUCCAAAAUCUUGUGG